CAUGAGGAUGGUAUGACUAAGUUAUUUGAGUAUUUGUGAAAUAAACAAACUACAGAUGUGAAAUGUAUGCGCUCUUGUAAAAGACUUGCUGACAUAGCCAGCAGAUUAAUAUUCCACAGAUAAUAACGUGCCAAAAAAACUCUCCAAGGGAUCAAUUAUACCUGUGUUUUCUAUCCAGGUGAGGAAAACAUUGCUUUAUCAAUUGAUACUAUGAUCUGUUAAUUAGGAAGACCAAUAUCACAAUAAAUUCAGCUUCCAGGGCGGGAAAUCAAUCAUGAGGGGGUGGCUAAUGUAACGUGUUAUAAUGUCAUUGGUAACACACAAUACAUAGACCGUAGUAUUUAAUAUUAGCUUUCUGUUUUCUUCAAUGUGUUGAAUGCAUGAAUGAUUUGCUAUUGAGUAAAGUAUAAUAUACUAUCAGAUCCUCGGGAUAUGUUGUAAAGCGUUGAUCGGCUAUCAAGACAAUUACGAUACCUCUCUCUCAGCAUCUUUUUCUUUAUUUCUCGGAUCUAUUCCAUUCUUUCAUUUCUCUAGACCUUCUGACGAUCUGAUGUCUAAUUCUCCUGUAGUGACCAACGGCACUGGACUUAGUCCACAACAUAUGUCUAAUGCUGGCGAUAAUGAGGCAAAAAAGGUAAAAUUAGAUGCCAACAACAUGAAUGGGCCAUCACGAGUAGUCCAUCUGAGAAGUCUGCCACCAGAUGUCACUGAUGCUGAGGUGGUCCAGCUUGGGAUACCUUUCGGCAGAAUGACCAAUGUUUUGUUACUCAAGCAGAAAGGCCAGGCUUUUCUGGAGUUUGAGGAUGAUCAAGCUGCAAACAAUUUUGUCACAUUACAUCAGGAACAUGCACCUCAGAUCAGGGGCCGAACAGUGUUUGUACAGUUCUCUAACCAUAAAGAAUUAAAAACAGACCAAGCUCACUCAUUUCAGAAUGCUACUGCAAAAGCAGCGCUCCAAGCAGCUCAGCAAGUGACAAUGGGCGGAACAGACUGUGAAAAGAAAGUACUCAGGGUUAUAGUGGAGAAUCUGGUUUAUCCGGUCACCAUUGAUGUUUUACAUACGAUAUUUUGCAAAUUCGGAAAAGUACAGAAAAUGAUCAUAUUUACCAAAAAUAACACAUUCCAGGCAUUGAUACAGUAUUGUGACAGUAUCUCUGCAAGCUCAUCAAAAUUAUCGUUGGAUAAUCAGAACAUCUACAAUGGCUGCUGUACGCUGAGAAUAGACUACUCCAAACUGAACACAUUGAAUGUGAAGUAUAACAAUGAUAAAAGUCGAGAUUUCACUAAUCCUAAUCUUCCAUCAGGUGAAAGUGGUGGCAUGGAUCCAAACAUGUAUGGAGGUGCCCCGAGUAUAGUGACGUCAGCAUAUAUCCCUGGUGUUGGACCAGCUCCACUAACGGCCUAUGGUGCCGCUGCAGCUGCGGCAGGAGGCUCACCGGUUUAUGCUCAGAACUAUGGAGGGGGCAUGUCGGGUGGUCCAAACUUUGGAGGGGGCAUGUCAGGUGCUCAGAUACCAGGCUUAGGCAUGGCUCAGAUGGCUGGACCACGUGGUAUGGGUGGUAUGGGAGGAAUGGCUGGGAUGGGCGGUAUGGGAGGCAUGGGAGGCAUGGGGAUGAACGUGCCCAUGGGUAUGAACGUAGGCAUGCCAAUGAUGGGACAGAUGGCACAGAUGGCAGGACAGGCAGGCAAUGCCGUACUCCUCGUAUCUAACCUGGAUGAACAGAUGGUCACGCCCGAUGCUCUCUUUACCCUUUUUGGUGUAUACGGGGAUGUACAUCGUGUGAAGAUUUUGUUCAACAAAAAAGAUAACGCACUAGUCCAAAUGGCCGAGCCACAUCAGGCACAGCUUGCAAUUGCUCAUUUAGAUAAAGUAAAAGUUUGGGGAAAACCAAUCAGAGUAACUCAGUCAAAACAUGCAGUGGUACAGAUGCCCAAAGAAGGACAACCCGAUGCUGGUUUAACAAAAGAUUUCACAAAUUCACAACUUCACAGAUUUAAACGUCCAGGUUCUAAGAACUGUCAGAACAUCUUCCCUCCAUCAGGGGUACUUCAUUUAUCAAACAUUCCAGCAAAUGUUACAGAGGAGGAAUUAAAAGAAGCUUUCCAACAACAUGGCAAUGUGGUAGCAUUCAAGUUUUUCCCCAAAGACAGAAAAAUGGCCCUGAUACAAAUGGACUCACCUGAUGAAUCAGUCACAGCUCUAAUCGCUAUGCACAACUAUCCACUGAGUGAAUCAAAUCACUUACGGGUGUCAUUUACAAAGUCAACAAUCUAAAGAGCAUCACCACUGUUUAGAGUUUUCCCACUCACAAGUACCAAGAUGGAGGAGAAGUGCCUUUUGUGACAUUUGUUAUUGAACUGUUGCCAUGGAAAUGGCUAGAAAAUGUGCAAUGAUCUCAUAACGGGAUUGUAGUUACAUUGGCAGCAAUACAGUAUAUACAAAGUGCUCUGACCAUAUGUUUUGUUGCCAAGGAUAUUUUUGUUGUCAUAAUUUUUAUAGUUAUUUUCCAUCGCCAUUUGUUUCCCUGUUGAGAAAUUUAUUGUUUAGUUGUAUUACGUAAGUUUUUUUUAUGUUGUUAUUGUCCCAGGAACUACAUAUGAUUUAUCCUCAGAAGAAAUCCAUGCAAUUUAUUUUCAUUGAUAUCAUUUUCAACAGGGAAAUAAAACCUAUUUGUUUUGGUACUAUCAUACUUUAUAUUGGUGAUAACUCUGAACAGUGAAAUCUGUUUCUCCAAAAACUUAAAGGAAAUAUUGUAGUAUUAGAUUGGACCAAGACUGUUUGUGUUUUUGGUGAGACAGAUUUAAACAGUUAUAGAAACUAGUGUUAGCUCAUGAAACCUCAUUUUACUGUUAUUUUUGCAUCAGAUUCAUUGUUAAAGAAUUAUAAAGGUUUGGAUAUAUUACAUAUAUUUUUGCAUUUUUACAAAUAUAUUCAGUGGGGACAUGAACCAGGGUGGGACAUAUUUUGUUAUUUUGUUAAUGUCCUUGUGUGAGCACAGGUCAAGGUCAUGCAAUAUAGAACAGUCAUUGUAGGCCUUCAAUUUAGAUGCACUUUGAAAUUAUAAUGAUUGAAAUCUUGCAAUUUUGUAAUAAUUGUGUGACCUUGACCUGUAAAUUGAUAUCAACAUGAGGUGCUUGCUUCAUGUCAUUCCAAUAUGGUUCAUGUUUAUGUCGUGAGAUUACAUGUUUUUUUAUGUUUUCAAGUCAAUCAAGUUCUGAAUUUAUGUAAUACAAUCAAUUAUGUUAAUUUUAUUGUUUAUUUUUUGUUAGCAGUAAUGUGACAUGACAGUUAUCUCCCCCCUUUUCAUUUCCAACCAAAGAUUUGAAGCAGUAAAAAAUUAUACAAAAUUGACCAAAUACCUCUUGGGUUUUAUUUUACUUUUUGUAGAAGUUUUUUGUUACAAUUACUGGGGUCUUUACAUAGCAAACAUUUUUACCAGUUGAUAAAUAUUUGGCAAAUUAAGUUUAUUCCAUAUUCAGGUAUAUUUCAUACAAAAUCUGAAUAGUAGAGUUCCCAUGACAAUUUAAAACUUUUUAGAAAGGAGUAAUUUAUUUGUUUUAUCAAUUAGAAAUUAGAAAUAUCGAAAUGCAAAAGAUCUGUUUUCCGAUCCAUUUAAAAGUAAAUCGUGUGCCUAUCAAAUAUGGGAUCAUGUUUUUGUAACUUUUUUUAUGAAAACUGAAGAAAUGUUUGUUUUUAUUUAUUAAACUGCAUCUUCCAUUUUUUGAAGAGCAGGAAUGUUAUGGCUUUGUUACCAACUAAGUCAUUUAUUUUUUAAGAUCUUGUAUAAUGUAUGAAAAAACAUUUUGUAAUAAAACAUCUAAAUGAC